AUGUACGAGAACGGUCUGCACAGAACGGCAGAUGUUAAGUCCAAGUCUUUGGCGUUUUCUUCGAAUAGGGCUGUGGACGAAAGUUUCACGAAGUCACGCAUUGAUGGGACCGGCGGUCAAUCAGGAAUCCAGUGUAUCACCCUAAAUUUGCAGCACAUUGCGAGAAGAUCUAUUUCAUCAUUACGUUCAAGCGGAAACCAUGGUGGUCAUGAUGAGCCUCAAAACUAUUCACAAACAGCUUCUGAAUUCCUCAUUAACGAUGGCGGACGAGAGCGGCAACGGAAAUGUCAAGAGCCUCUACUUGAACGUAGGUAG